GUCCACACGGGGGCGCUAAUGCCGCGGCAGCUAGCGGAAGCUACCGGGAAAAGCUCGCCGAGGACGCCGGUGGAGGACGUUUCAUUUAAACUAACACAACUCAAAUCUACUUAUAUGUGUCGUGUCACUUAGAAUUUGUCGUUGCUUUAUCGGAAAUGUUUUCUUUCUCGUCCACCGUACAGCCGCAGGUCACAGUUCCACUGAGUCACCUGAUCAACGCCUUUCACUCUUUAAAAGGUUCAGUGGUCAAACCUCUGCACAGAGAAAGGAGACCGGAGCAAGAGCUACACAUCCCAGAGCCGUCAUGGAGCCUCAGAGAUGUGGGAUUGACGGAUCUGGGAGUAGAGCAGCUGGACGAACUUGUGGACAGACUGUUGCCGUGCGUGACUCAGGACGUGUCAUCAAAACCCCCUAGAGCUGAAUCACACCCCUGGAGGACGUCCUACCUGUCCACGGACUCCUUCUUUCACAACAAAUAUGGUUUUUCUGUCGCCAAGAUGGGAGCGGCUUCGCCACUUUUUUGCAGACAGAGCCCUUCUGCUCUUCAGACCUUGUGUGCUGAUCUAAACGUCUGGCCAGUGUUGAUCCAAAGACGAGGCUUUAAAACCCUGAAGUCCAAAACGAGGCGUCUUCAGAGUGGCUUUGACCAGUCACAGGACACGGACACAUUCACUCCGUCUUUUAUGAAGGGCUUGCUUAUGCGGGACAAAAGCCAAGUUCCUGAGACUUUAGACAAUCUUCUGAAAAGCAGAAACAUUCCCGACGCACAUCACGACGCUUUCAAGACGGGUUUCGCUGAGGGCUUUCUGAAAGCUCAGGCUCUCACACAGAGAACCCAAGAGUCUUUAAGGCGAACACGGCUGAUCCUGUUGAUCCUCUUGCUGGUUGGAUUGUACGGACUCUCCAAAACACCGUUUCUGUCAGUGCGAUUCCGAACCACAUCAGGCCUGGACUCGGCAGUGGACCCCGUCCAGAUGAAAAACGUCACCUUCGAGCAUGUGAAAGGAGUGGAGGAGGCCAAGAACGAGCUGCAGGAGGUAGUGGAGUUCCUCAAGAACCCACAGAAGUUCACCGCCCUGGGAGGAAAGCUCCCUAAAGGGAUUUUGUUAGUCGGGCCUCCAGGAACGGGGAAAACUCUGCUGGCACGCGCCGUGGCAGGGGAAGCUGACGUGCCUUUCUACUACGCCUCAGGAUCAGAGUUUGACGAGAUGUUCGUUGGGGUCGGCGCAAGCCGUAUCAGGAACCUGUUUCGGGAGGCCAAAGCGAAUGCUCCGUGUGUGAUCUUCAUCGAUGAGCUCGACAGCGUAGGAGGGAAGAGAAUCGAGUCUCCUAUGCACCCUUAUUCGAGGCAGACCAUCAACCAGCUUCUGGCUGAGAUGGAUGGAUUUAAACCAAACGAAGGUGUCAUCAUUAUCGGGGCUACGAACUUCCCUGAAGCUUUAGAUAACGCCCUGAUCCGGCCGGGACGCUUUGACAUGCAGGUCACUGUCCCCAGACCCGAUGUGAAAGGACGGACGGAGAUUCUGAAGUGGUACCUCAAAAAAAUCAAAGUAGACCCAGCUGUGGAGGCCGAGAUCAUUGCCAGAGGAACGGUGGGUUUCUCCGGAGCCGAGCUGGAGAACCUGGUGAACCAGGCUGCCUUGAAGGCUGCUGUGGACGGGAAAGACAUGGUGACCAUGAAGGAGCUGGAGUUCGCCAAGGACAAAAUCCUGAUGGGCCCGGAGCGCCGGAGUGCCGAGAUAGAUAAGAAAAACAAAGUGAUCACAGCCUACCACGAGUCAGGACACGCCAUCAUCGCAUACUACACCAAAGACGCCAUGCCCAUCAACAAGGCUACGAUCAUGCCGAGAGGCCCCACUCUGGGUCACGUGUCCAUGCUGCCAGAGAAUGAUCGCUGGAGUGAGACUCGAGCUCAGCUUCUCGCUCAGAUGGACGUCAGCAUGGGGGGCCGCGUGGCAGAGGAACUCAUUUUCGGAAAUGACAAUAUCACCACAGGUGCGUCCAGUGAUUUCGACAGCGCUACGAAAAUCGCCAAAAUGAUGGUAACGCAGUUCGGCAUGAGUGAAAAGCUGGGUGUCAUGACGUACACAGAUCUGUCGAAGCAAAGCCCAGAGACGCAAGCAGCCGUCGAACAGGAAGUCAGGACACUUCUGAGAGAUUCAUAUGAGCGUGCUAAAGCUCUCCUGAAGGCCCGUGCGAAAGAGCAUAAGAACCUGGCUGAGGCUCUGCUGAGGUAUGAGACGCUGGACGCCAGAGAGAUUCAGAUGGUCUUGGAGGGGAAGGCGUUGGGCAGCAGAUGAGUCUCACACCGUGUGGUGUGUGUGUGUGUGUGUGUGUGUGUGUGUGUGUAAAUGUACAUAAGCGCAUAAGCAAUACAACCUCCUGAUAAGCUUAAGUUCGAGCCUUUUUUGCUCUGUACGUACAUAUAGGUAAAUGAUGAACAUGUGUUUAAAUCCACACUACUCCAUAAUUCCCGCUUGCCUAAAGGCAUUUCCCACUAAGUUCUCCACAGUGGAGAGGUGAUGUAUGCAGAGACACGGAGUCAGAUGACGUGUAAUCGCUGCUCAUGGUGGCCUUUAGGAAAACAUAUGGAAAUGUACAGGACAUGAGAAAUUCUCAACGCACUUUGUAGAUAUAAUGACAGUGAUGUAUGUUUAGAGUAUGCACUGUCUUGUGGGGGGGGAAAAAUGCUGCUUUUCGGAUCUUCUAAUUUUGGCACAGCAUGCUGGAUUACUUUGUCAGAAUUCCACAGGAAGGUCUGUAGAUCAAUACGGAGACUAUGUGUUUAUUCGUACUGACUUUACCAAAGACAGGGUUUCACAAACUAGAAAUCAGAAACAGAUGACGUAUAGCUAGAGAAAACACUGCUGUCACAAUAGUCACAAGGUCAGUUAGUGCAAAAUCUGGACUUUAAAAGUGUUUAAGUCUGAAAAUUUCAUUUAGUCUGGUUCUCAUUUCCACCAUUCUCUGUGAUCAUGAAACUAAAAUUAGAGACAAUAUCUGAAAUAUUGUAUAUAUGCUACAUUAUGUAUUGGGGAAAAAAAGCAUUAUUUAAAAGCCAUACACAAUCCUAAAGUCUCCUUACAGGCUUGGCUGAGGUUGCUGGUUAUUUGUGUAUUGCUGCAUUAGUGAAAUACACGGUAUUCUUUAGAACUAAGUAUAGUUUGGUUUGGUCUACCUUUACCUUUCCUUUAUCCAAUCUAUGUUAAUCAUGUAUAUAUCAAUAAACUUGUGUUAUGUUGGAACAUUUUAUCUUUGUAUAUAGAUGUAUAGAAGAAUGUAAGCUUGAAGUUUGAUGGAUUUUUAUUUGGAAUUGAGUUCGUGCAUCAUUAAUGAUGAAUGAGUGGUUAAAUGAAUAAAAGUUAUAUGAUAAACUGUGA